UUAAGAGGUGUAUUUUCUGGUACAAAGGGCAUUCAGCCCCAUCAUUUACACUCUCCAACAUAGAUAUAUGAAGAAUGUAAAGGAGGAACUGUCAGGAUCUGUGUUGUGGAUGAGAGAAGGAGGACCCAAAUGCUGGACUCACAGGUAGGUAGGUGAAGGUUGGUAUUUAUUGCCGAUGGAGUGAACAAACAGAACAGAGGUAGGAAAUGGCUGGCUGGCUGGACGACUGACUGAAUGACUGAAGGACUGACUGAAAGGCUGAAUGGCUGGCUGACUGAACGCAGGCGUAAACAACAACAUAACAUCAAUGACACGACCCCGGACUGGUUGAACUGAGGAACAUAAAUACACAGGCUGAGUGAGGAGCGAUUAGAAACUGGUGAGUACACAGCUGAACAUAAUGAACUAAUGAUAAAUGGGAAGAGGACUGAACAUAAUGCACAUGGACCAAGGUUAACACAAUAAAACAGGAAGUGAAACAGGCAGAAGAUAAACAAUGAGGACGAACUGAAAACACUGGGUCAACGACCCAGAAACCCUGACAGUACCCCCCCCUUCAAAGGCCGGCACCCGACGGCCAAAAGAACGAAAAACCAGAACAGGGAGGGCGGAGGGGGCCCAGGACGGAGGGACGGAGUCCGAAACAAAAACAGUUCAGGUGGGCGGCCACGCGGCCAGUGGCUGAGCCCGGACAGUUCAGGUGGGCGGCCGCGAGGAAGGCGGCGGCGACGCUGAAGUCGGUCCGGUGGGCGGCCGCGAGGGAGACGGCGGCGGCCACUGAGGAGGAGGUCAGGUGGGCGGCCGCGAGGAAGACGGCGGCGGCCACUGAGGAGGUCCGGUGGUCGACCACGCUGGCGAUGACGUCCAGCUGUUGGCCUGGAAAGUGGCCAGCGAUUCCGAGGUGCAGGCUCGGGCGGCGGCGUGGCAGCCGCAGGACCAGGCGAAGCUGAGUCUGGACCAGGCGGAGCAGAGGCCGAGGCCAAGGCUGUGCCAGGCGACUGCAUGGGAGCCGGCGGUGAUGGAGACUGAGCUACAGGGGCCUGAGGAACAGGAGACUGGACUACGGGGGCCUGGAGGACGGGAGGAGACUGAACUACAGGAGACUGGAGAACGGGAGGAGACUGAACUACGGGAGACUGGAGAACGGGAGGAGACUGAACUACAGGAGACUGGAGAACGGGAGGAGGCUGAACUAUGGGAGACUGGAGAACGGGAGGAGACUGAACUACAGGAGACUGGAGAACGGGAGGAGACUGAACUACAGGAGACUGGAGAACGGGAGGAGACUGAACUACGGGAGACUGGAGAACGGGAGGAGACUGAACUACGGGAGACUGGAGAACGGGAGGAGACUGAACUACAGGAGACUGGAGAACGGGAGGAGGCUGAACUACGGGAGACUGGAGAACGGGAGGAGACUGAACUACGGGAGACUGGAGAACGGGAGGAGACUGAACUACAGGAGACUGGAGAACGGGAGGAGACUGAACUACGGGAGACUGGAGAACGGGAGGAGACUGAACUACGGGAGACUGGAGAACGGGAGGAGACUGAACUACAGGAGACUGGAGAACGGGAGGAGACUGAACUACAGACUGGACAGGAGCAGCCUGAGCUGCAGGUGACUGGACAGGAGCAGCCUGAGCUGCAGGUGACUGGACAGGAGCAGCCUGAGCUGCAGGUGACUGGACAGGAGCAGCCUGAGCUGCAGGUGACUGGACAGGAGCAGCCUGAGCUGCAGGAGGUGGAUGAAGAGGUGAAGUAG